UAUGAUAUAACGUUUGUCACGAUUCCUAGUUCCUACUUUGUUCCACUAUUAUUCUCUCCCACUCUUCCCAUAGUGAGAUCUUUUGCAGCAACUUUGUAUAAGCAUGUAUGUGAAAUUGUGAAUGUAGAUCAACGAAAUUGCUAGUAGUUCGAGAUAUCGGUUAUAUCGAUAUAGUCGUGACAAUUGCAGCAUAUUGCGUCUGUGAGUAAUCACAAGAAAUUUUUGCGAAAAGAUAUUGCUCUGGAGUUUUAAAUAAAUUUUGAUAGAUAUGUGAAUAUCUUUCAAAUACUUAAGACUUAGUUAGUUCAAAAUCAUAAAAUAGCGUACAAAAAUGAUGCUCGCUAGAGUAUGUCGAAGCAGUAUUUCACCAAAUUUAGUUAAUUUACUGAAAACUCCAAUUAAUUCGAAACCUUUUAUUCCGAAAAUUCAAUCCACAAGAUUAUUUGCUAAUGAUGGACGAAGCACAUUUGCAAGAUCUACUCGUAAAUCAACUUCUCUUUCAGAACAAGCAAUGGCACCUGCGGGAGAAACAGCAUUUACUAUUGGAAAAGGAGUUGUUGCUGGUGGUGCUGUAAUAGGAUUAGGUUCCUUAUGUUAUUAUGGUUUGGGUUUGUCGCCAUCCAUGGGAGCUAUAGAUUAUGCAAAAUUAUGGCCUCAAUAUGUAAAGGAUAGAAUUAAGACUACAUAUAUGUACCUUGGUGCAUCUAUAAUAACUAGUGCUGCAACUGCAGCAAUAUGUAUACGUUCACCAACUGUUAUGAAUUUAAUAAUGCGUCAAGGAUGGCUUGCCAUGUUCGUAUCUUUAGCAUCUGUUUGGGGUAGUGGAAUAUUGCUACAGACUAUUCCAUAUAAAGAAGGUUUUGGUGCAAAACAAAUAGCAUGGUUAAUUCAUACUGGCACUAUUGGUGCAUUUCUUGCACCUCUCUACUUAUUUGGAGGACCAUUGGUACUUAGAGCUGCAUGGUAUACUGCUGGUGUAGUUGGUGGUUUAUCAGUAGUAGCAAUUUGUGCACCAAAUGAAAAGUUCUUGAAUAUGGGAGGUCCAUUAGCAAUUGGUUUAGGACUUAUAUUUGCAAGUAGUGUUGGUACAAUAUUUUUGCCACCUACAACAGCUAUUGGAUCUGGCUUAUAUUCAAUAUCUUUAUAUGGUGGUUUGGUGCUAUUUUCAAUGCUUCUUUUGUAUGAUACUCAAAAAAUUAUUAAACAAGCAGAAAAUUAUCCAGCUUAUAAUCAACUUGCAAGGCCAUAUGAUCCAGUUAAUAAUGCAAUUUCAGUUUAUAUGGAUGUAGUAAAUAUCUUUCUAAGAAUUCUCACAAUAUUAGUGAAUGGAGGAAACAGAAGAAAAAAUUAAAAGUGCUUUUCAAUAGGCUAAUUCAGAAAUUAUGGAUUUCCAUUUUCGUAUGAUGUUUGGAAAACGUCGUGAUUUAGUAUUUAAAAUUAUUUUGCAAUAAAUAAGUUUUACAAAUAUAA